AUGUACCAAAGCACCGGUCGUGGCCCGCCUGACCAGAUGAUGCGCAUGCCGAGAUUCAAUAUCGUAGCACCUAGCUUACUCCAGCUUCCCCAAGAGCUGCAAGCUCGCAUCCUGCAUUUCUGCAAUCUCUUCGACUUGUUCAGUCUAUGCCUCUGCAACAAGGAACUCUACCGCAAACCUCAACCACUCCUCUGGGAACACAUCGAUUUCGCUGCGCUCGACAUUGGUGGCGGUGACGAGGAGGCUGGACAGCAGAGAAGGUUCUUCGCAAAGUGCGCCUCGAUUCGUCGCGAUCAACCUGAACGAUGGAAGAUUCUAUCCGCUCUUCCAAAGCUUUUGAGGUUUCCGAGACUUCCAGGCCCGAGGGUCUCGCCGCAACCCAAAGAGGGUCUACCGUAUGGAACCGACUACGAGACAUGGGUCUCCUUCGACCAGGAUAGUGAUAUCGGUAUUUACGAUAUCAUUGCCGAUUUUGUCAAUCUGGAGACGUUGACUCUGUUUGUGAAGGAGGUUUGCGAGGGAGAAGCAUCGCGCGAGCUCGUGGUGCGCAAUUUGAGCAAGCUGGAAAAGUUGGAAAUUGGUGGUCAGGUGUCGGUCGAAAUGCUACACGCCCUGCUUUCACGCCCGGAACAGAUAAAGACCUUGUCUCUGAUCAAUCUCGUCGAGACUGCUGGGCCAAAUUGGGCCCCGGACGGAGUGCUUUUCCUCGACCCGAUUCAAGACAAGUUCCGCUCGCUCACCCACCUGCAUCUGUCGAAACUCGCUCCGCUACAUGAUGAUUUCCAAGAAGUCGUGCAGCUGCCUUGGGAAUUUGACUUUGAUCAAGACACGCAAGUACUUUGUGAAUGGGCUGGUCUGCUCCGCAAUGUCUCAGCGACCUUGGAAGAAUUGACGCUUGAGAAUUGCUAUCAUGUGUUUAAAUGGCCUCGAGGGCAUGGGCAGGUAAAUCCUCGGCGCGUUCUCGACCCCGAAUGUGAGGAUGGAGAGGAUGAUCCGAAGGCGAGCAGCUACGGAGUCACAGCAAGUGACAGGUGCAGAGACAUUCUCGCUCCGGUCUUGGACGGCAGUGAAUGGCCCCUACUAAGACGUCUCGUGCUCAAGGGCAUGUAUACGCUCUCAAUCUCCGAGGCUGCAAUUCCCGCCGAUAAAAUUACGUAUUUGCCAGGGAGUGUUGCCUACUUCAGCCAGGAGGCCACACCUCUCAACUUGUCACCUCCGGCGAGCCUUUUCCGCGGGGAAUGA